AUGAUAUUGGUUAACGAGUUUGGUCAAGUUCUGGGAGAAGAGCUAAGAGGGUGGUAUGAACGCAGUCUCCCCGAGAAAAAAGUGCUCGUUGGUAAAUACUGCAAAUUAGAGCCCUUAGACUUCGAAAGACAUGGAAAAGCACUUUUCGACGUGCUUUGUGGCGUUGCAGAUAAAACGUUAUGGACUUACUUGCCCUUAGGUCCGUUUGAUAAACAGGGGGAUUUUGAACAAGGCGUGAAAGGCUUCAUGUCAACCAUGCCGCAAGUAACAUUUGCUGUUAUUGAUAUCAUCACCGGCUCGCCUGUAGGCCUUGUAGCUUUAAUGAGACCUGAUACCAAAAACGGUUCGAUUGAAAUUGGGUUAGUUACCUUUUCUCGAGUUCUUCAGAGAACCUCCAUGUCCACCGAGGUCCACUUUUUGCUUCUCGAGUACGUUUUUGACUCUCUCAAAUAUCGCCGAUGCGAGUGGAGAUGCAAUAGCUUAAAUGAACCUUCGGCAAGAGCAGCCGAACGGUUAGGUUUCCAAUAUGAAGGCCUCUUUCGCCAAGCUGCUGUUGCAAAAGGAUGCAACAGAGAUACCAAGUGGUUUUCGAUUUUGGAUGUCGAAUGGCCAGAACUAAAAGAAUCUUUCGAAAUCUGGCUGAGCGAAGAUAAUUUUAAUUGCGGCCAACAGAGGAAAAAGCUCAGCGAAAUUCGGCAAGGGCUAAAGAUGGAUAGCUCGAAUGGACUCUCCGCCAUUCAAUUUUAG